GCUUCGAUAACUUUGGUUUUGGGUCCUCGACACGAGAGAGAGAGAGAGAGAGAGGGUAAGCCUGGCUAUCUGAAGGUCUCCAUCUGAAGCUGUACUGGAUUUCAGGUCUCUUUUCAAAGUUUGCACCAGAAUUGAUAUCAUCCCAAGGUUUGUCAAACCAGUCCUGAAUGCUUUCCUCCAAUAUUGGAGUUGAAAAUUUGUAAGAGGUGACUUCUCUUGUUUUGUCUACUUCAAUUUCUGUUCUGGAAACUCAUAUUGUUGCUUUUCUCCAUUUGGUGUUCUUUGAAUUCAAAGCUAUAGAGAUUGAGAUGCAUGUUAGUAAGAUAAAUUGUUGGUGAGAAACUGAGAAUUCAAUUGAAUGGAAAUAUGGGAUUCUGGGUUUUGGAAAAUUUUGAUACUUUCCCAAAUAAAAUUUGACCCUUGAAUUGUAGGCUACUUUUCCCUUUGUUUUCUGGUGCCUUGCUGUUUAGGUGAAACAAAUGAGUCAAUGACUGACCAGAUAAAAAUGUUAAUUACUUGAUCAUCAAGGUCAAAGUUUGAUUUUCAGAGUAGGUUGAGAGAAUUUGAUUUCGCAACCAAAGAUUGUCCAUUGACUAGAUUGGUUGAGCUUAUGUGUAUGCAUUUGCAUAGGAACUUCAAUAAAAGCGAACACUUUCAUUUCACUUGAUCACGGUGGAUUUUUGGAAUUUUGGAACUGCGCCCAUUCUGUCUACCAAAAGGCUAAAUUCUAGAGUCCCGCACCAGUUCUCAGCUUGAAUACUUGAAUAGUAUCAGAAUGCUUUUUGUGUCCGGCGUGGUAUUCUGAUUAAACUAUAAGGUCUAUAGGAAUUGCAUUGCAUAAUUUGUGCCAGCAUAUAGCUUGCAGUUUCAGUUUAAGAACCCAGCCAAUCGUAGUUUUUGAUUUAUGCCAGGGAGGUGUUCAAAGAGUUCAUCUGUUACAUAGCACUAAAGGGGGAGUAUUGUUGUUGGGGUUAUUUAAAAGAGAUGGAAUGGGGACUGUGGUGGCAAAGUAUGGAACCCUUCCCCAGAUGAGCAAAACCGCCUCAAAGCUCAAGUCGUUAACAACUCAAGUCCUCCGUUUUCAAAAGGCAAGAUUCUUUACUGCAAUAUUUGCAGAUUGUGAAGAAGAACCACAAAACCCAAAGACACCCUUUUUGUCAAUGUGACAAAGGUUGUGAAGGGAAACUGCAAAAUGGAUGUUUGUGAUAUAUAGUACAAAUUUGAGGAAAAACAAAAACAAGAAAACCCGCAGCAUCGCGCGGGACAGAAGUGCCGAGUGCCGUCCACAACAAAAGAAUUUGAAAUGGGAUCAAAUAAGAAUAAGAAGAGGAGGAGGACUGCGGAGCGACCCACGACCCACCCGAGAAACAAAUACUCCAAUAACCCGCCCGACUUUGCCGAACUAGCUUCUCUCUACCCGACUUUCAAACCUUUCGUUUUCUUUGGCCGCGAUGGCCGACCCAGAAUCGACUGGACCGACUUCAACGCCACCCGGGAACUCACCCGGGUCCUGCUCCUCCAUGACCACUGCCUCAACUGGUGGAUUCCAGAUGGUCAGCUAUGCCCCACGGUACCCAAUAGAUCGAACUACAUUCAUUGGAUUGAAGAUCUCCUGUCGUCUGACAUUAUUGCCAAGACUACAAAAAUUGGUGAUAAAGUGAGGGGGUUUGAUAUAGGAACUGGAGCAAACUGCAUAUAUCCACUUCUUGGUGCAUCUCUUCUAGGGUGGAGCUUUGUUGGGUCAGAUAUGACUGAUGUAGCGCUAGAGUGGGCUGAAAAGAAUGUUAGAGAUAAUCCACAUAUCUCGGAACUUAUUGAAAUUCGGAAGGUAGAAAGUGGUGAAAACACCCUUCCAGCAGAAGGAUCAAAUAAUGAGGCAUUGGUUAGUACCAAAACCGAAAUAUAUCUGACUGAGGAUAUGGGAAGGGAAGGGAAUAGUCUGAAUACAGGGUAUUAUGGGCCACCUAUUCUUCUUGGAGUGGUCAGGGAUGGUGAGGAGUUUGACUUCUGCAUGUGUAACCCUCCAUUUUUUGAGACAAUGGAAGAAGCAGGACUCAAUCCAAAAACUUCAUGUGGUGGUACCCCAGCUGAGAUGAUUUGUCCUGGUGGGGAAAAGGCAUUUGUCACUUGCAUUAUAGAAGAUAGUGUCACGUUGAGGCAUACUUUUCGGUGGUACACAUCAAUGCUAGGGAGGAAAUCAAAUCUCAAAUUACUAACAUCAAAGCUUUGGGAAGUUGGAGCCACCGUAGUGAAGACAACUGAAUUUGUCCAAGGCCAAACAUGUCGAUGGGGGUUGGCCUGGUCCUUUUUACCUUCUGUUAAGAAGAUAUUAUCAUCUCAUGUGACCGAAAAGAGUAACCUUUCCUUCAUGCUUCAGGGCCUUGAACGGAAACUAGGUGCUAUACACGUCUUGCAGUCAGUUGAAGACUAUUUCCGCAAUGCUGGUGCAUUGUGUAAAUUGAACACAUCCUCAUUUACAGUUGAUAUCACUGCAAAAGAUGAUAAGUCAGAUGCAAACUUGAAAAGUGAGUCACAGAAUUAUGAUGGCGUUGCAAGUUGUGAUGAUGUGCAAGAGGCAUCUGGAUCAAGCUGUUUGAAUUUGCUGUCAAAUAACCUAAGUUUCCGUGUUUCGGUCUUUCAGCAAACCCCUGGCACACUUCUAGUGAAAGGCUCACUACAGCAGAGAGAUGGUCAAAUUUCAGGAUCAUUCUCACCGAUAUUUCGAAGGUUGGAGGAAGUUCUGAAACAGAAGUUCCAUAGAGAGAAGUAGAACAUAGUACAACUUUUCCAGCAAUAUACAUAUGUUAGCUUGAAAGUAUACUAUUACGCCCAAUUGAAGUGCACUCUAGAGUGGAACUUCCGUGUUUUGUAUCCUCAUGUGUGGAGUGAACUUGGGGGUUAUUAACAUGUUUCUCGUCUUUUUUCUUUUUUCCCUUUUCAUUUGUUGUAUGAUAUCCCUUUAGUUGAGUGUAAAUCUCAGUGGCAUUGUUCUCACUCAUUUGGGGUUUAUUCACUACAAAUCUCAAUGACCAAGAAUUGGAAUUUGAGACUGAGGAAUUGUAGAUAUAACAGGUUAGUUACAAGAUAUUGACGAAUCAAUAACCUAAAACAAGUUUUAGAUUUCUUACCAAUGAAGUUAUAUUAGAUUUUGUUUGCAAUAUUA